AUGGUCACCACGAUUCCAAAGGAGGCCAAGCUGAGGCAGGUUCAUCGGGAGACGUGGAUGAGCCUUCCCGGCAUCUGCACCCUGACGAACGAUGUGGUCCAAGAGCCCCCCGGCUGCAGCGCCUUCGUCGCCUUCUUCGUUGGGUUCGACAACAAAACGGACGCAUAUCUUCGGAAGGAGAUGUCGGCGAAGAAGGACAUCGUUUUAUUGGAUACCUUUGAUCGGUGGGACUUCAGCAAAAUUCCCAAGGAAAAGCCGCCAUUUGAUUGGAAAGGCCUCAAGGAAGGGAAGGUGUGGGUCCCUUCCGAGCAUUUGGUGAAGCCGAACUUCAGAAAAGAGGUGAUUGAGAAGGUGCUCAAGUCGUUCCAGUAUGCCUGGAAGAACUUCCCUUGGGUCACGCACUACGCCAAGAACGACAUGGACAACUUCCCGUUCGUCGCCGAGAUUCUGGGGGACCUGGAGGACCUGCCGCACUCGCCUGCGGGCAUCAAGUCGAAGAAAAUCAUGCCCACCUCGAAUCCGACGCCGUGGGUGGAGGGGCAUGGCGUGUAUUACGGCCAGUACCAGAGCGGGUACUUCAUGCAGGGGCAGUUCUACAUAGUUUCCCGCCCCGUGCUGGAGUGCAUCUUCAAACACACUCACGUAGAGGCCUGCAAGGGCAAGCCCGGGGAGGACACGAUGGUCGGCUGCCUCGUGACGAACACCUACAACGUUUCGAGGUCCCUGCAGGCCGGCAUCCCGUGGUCGCGCAGCGGCCCGUGCCCGGAGCCCUGGCGCCUGGCCGUGGACUGGGGCAAGAAGGUCAGGGGCGCGUUGAGGUGGUGCCCCUGCAAGCCGAAGCAAUGCCCUAUCGGAACGGGGUCGCUGGAGAAUUUCUGCCGGCACGAGUAUCCUGCCUGA